GUGAGGGGGGGGUGGGGGAGUGGUAGCAAUGUCUCUCUCAGCCGGCCCUCCAACCUCAGCUGCAAUUCGCCGCAGAAGGCGGGCAGCCCGAGUUCGAGUAGGGGUGGUGUCUGGACUCGCGCGCGCGCGCGCUCUUUCUCUGUCUCGUCGCGACUGACGUGACGUCCCUUGUGGUGGUGGUGGCAGCCCUGCCCGCCUUUCUCUCCGGCUCGCUCUGCGUCCGUGCGCACGCCUCAGGAGUCCGUCGGGUCACGGAGAGUCGGUCAGAGCAGGAGUGACGGCUUGCACAGCGGCGCCCUCCAUUUCGUGCCGCAGCUGCCAUAGCCCCCGCCCUUUGCACCCUCCAGGCUCCCUCUCUCCUUCUCCCCCCGCCCCCCUUCCCCGCUUUAUAGCCUCCCUUAACCUGCCACGGCGCUCCCCACACCUCCGAAGCGGAAGUCUCCUUCUCUCCUCCACAGCCUGGACGUUCCCAAUAUGAGCGGUAUCGUCUGCGUUGAGAGACACCAGAUUAUGAUGCACGAUUAUCAUAGAAGAAAUUCGUGUCUAUAGCUUUUAAGGACUUGAUUACAUCAUUUUAAAGCCUGGUAGUUUUGGAGUCAUCAUUUUAGAAGACGCACCUGCCUGUGUUUAUGACAAGCUGCUCUUCACCCAAGGAGGAAUAUACAUUGACGUACUCUAUAUUAACACACAGCAGGGCUAUUGGAUUAUUUAAGGCCUUCUGGUUAUAAAAUUACAGCAUAUAUUUGGUUGCCACAGAAACAGCAAAAAUGAUUCCUAAUGGCUAUUUGAUGUUUGAAGAUGAAAAUUUCAUUGAGUCAUCUGUUGCCAAGCUAAAUGCUUUGCGCAAAAGUGGCCAGUUCUGUGAUGUUAGACUCCAGGUAUGUGGACAUGAGAUGUUGGCACACAGAGCAGUCCUCGCUUGCUGCAGCCCUUAUCUGUUUGAAAUCUUCAAUAAUGACAGUGACUCUCAUGGAGUUUCCCAUGUGAAAUUUGAUGAUCUUAACCCUGAAGCUGUUGAAGUCUUGUUAAAUUAUGCCUAUACUGCACAAUUGAAGGCUGACAAAGAACUGGUUAAAGAUGUAUACUCUGCAGCAAAGAAACUGAAGAUGGAGAGAGUCAAGCAGGUUUGUGGAGAUUAUUUGCUCUCCAGAAUGAAUAUUGAAAGCUGCAUCUCCUAUCGAACUUUUGCGAGCAACAUGGGUGAUUCACGCUUACUGAACAAAAUUGAUGGUUACAUUCAGGAGCAUUUGUUACAGAUCUCUGACCAGGAAGAAUUUCUCAAAUUGCCACGCUUAAAGCUGGAGGUCAUGCUUGAAGACAAUGUUAGCUUGCCCAGCAAUGGCAAACUAUACACAAAGGUAAUCGACUGGGUGCAGCGCAGUAUCUGGGAAAAUGGAGACAGUCUAGACGAUCUGAUGGAAGAGGUUCAAACGUUGUACUACUCAGCUGAUCACAAGCUGCUUGAUGGAAAUCUACUAGAUGGACAGGCUGAGGUGUAUGGCAGUGAUGAUGACCACAUUCAGUUUGUGCAGAAAAAGCCACCCCGGGAGAAUGAUCUCAAGCAGAUAAGUAGCAGUUCUUCUGGAAGUCUUUCUCCAAAUGCUGCAAUGCAGAGUCCUAAACACGAGUGGAAAAUUGUUGCUUCAGAGAAGACCUCAAAUAAUACCUACCUGUGUCUUGCUGUUCUGGAUGGUGUGUUCUGUGUGAUUUUCCUUCAUGGGCGUAACAGUCCCCAGAGUUCUCCAACCAGCACUCCACGAUUGCUGAAAAGUUUGAGUUUUGAGAUUCAACCAGGUGACCUUAUAGAAAAGCCCAUGUCGCCUAUGCAGUAUGCUCGAUCUGGACUGGGAACAGCAGAACUGAAUAGCAAGCUCAUAGCUGCAGGUGGCUAUAACAGAGAAGAAUGUCUCCGUACUGUGGAAUGCUAUGAUCCCAGAAAGGAUUGCUGGACUUUUAUUGCACCAAUGAGAACACCAAGAGCUCGGUUUCAGAUGGCAGUUCUAAUGGGGCAGCUGUAUGUUGUUGGUGGGUCAAAUGGCCACUCAGAUGACUUGAGCUGUGGAGAAAUGUAUGAUCCAGAGAUAGAUGAUUGGACUCCUGUGCCAGAACUAAGAACCAACCGUUGCAAUGCUGGAGUAUGUGCCCUGAAUGGAAAACUGUAUAUUGUUGGUGGUUCAGAUCCUUAUGGGCAGAAGGGACUGAAAAAUUGUGACGUCUUUGAUCCUGUAACAAAAUCUUGGACAAGCUGUGCUUCACUUAACAUUCGUAGACAUCAGUCUGCUGUGAGUGAACUUAGUGGAUAUUUGUACAUCAUUGGAGGAGCAGAAUCUUGGAACUGCCUUAAUAGUGUGGAGCGUUACAAUCCAGAGAACAAUACUUGGAUGCUAAUUGCACCUAUGAAUGUGGCUAGGCGUGGAGCUGGUGUUGCUGUGCUGGAUGGAAAACUCUUUGUUGGUGGUGGCUUUGAUGGUUCACGUGCAGUCAGCUGUGUGGAGAUGUAUGACCCUGCUAAGAACGAAUGGAAGAUGAUGGGCAGUAUGACCAUUCCAAGAAGCAAUGCUGGUUUUGCAGCAGUGGCCAACACUAUCUAUGCAGUGGGAGGAUUUGAUGGCAAUGAAUUUCUGAAUACAGUUGAAGUCUAUAAUCCAGAGUCAAAUGAAUGGAGCCCAUACACAAAGAUUUACAAAUUCUGACUAACAAGUCUCCUUAAAACUAACAGGCUUAGUGAUGUAAUUGUUUAGUAGAGGUACACAUGUGAAUAAGGGGGGAGGGGGUUUAAAAGUUGCCAUCAGCAACACAAAGCUUUUGCAUAUUGCAUACUAUUAAUAUGCUGUACAUAUUUUUAUUUAGAAUACAUGGUGUUUGUGUAUUAGAAUUUGUUAUUUUAGAUUCUGGAAGUUGGUAAUCUUGAGAAUAAUUAAAACCAAUGAGGCAUAUCAUUUCAAGAACUUCCCCCAAUGUUUGUUUUGCCAAUUUGCACACAUAAAUACUUACCUUAGAAUUUGUUUGAGGUGCAGAAAAGAUAGUGGUCAAUGUGAGCAAUUGCUUUUUAGGCCUUGUUUGGAUUUAUCAUCUUAAUUAACUGAAUCUAAUAAGCCUUAUUUAAAUAGAAAUGGCUUUAUUAAAAGCUGACACACCUGCCAAUUUGUCUGCCUUUUAUAACUUUUAUAUGUAGUCAGAGUUGUUAUAUCCUGAAGUGAUAGAAGAUUUAAAUGUGAAGCCAAGAGACAAUCUGAGUCUGACAUACUGAAGUAAGAUGCCACUCUCCACAUGUGAGAGCUCUUAAGUUGCUUUUUCUGCUAUACUGUUGUACUGUUGUAUGAACUCUAUUACACAAUAUUUAUUUUAAUUGCAUCUGAGUGGAGUUUCUGAACACAGCUGUAAUAUGUAUGUGUGUGGGGGGGGGAGAAUCUGGCUCUGAAAUUAAGCGAAUGUAGAAGGUGCUUUUCUGUAUGAUUGUCCAUUACACUCAGAGCUACACCAUGCAGUGUGUUUGCUAGCAAUGAUGCCUAUCUGAAAUUGUAUAAGUUUGUAUCUUUCUACUGCAAUCUGAAAACAUGCUAUAAUACAAGUUGUGCUUCAUUUUUAUUUAAA